AAAGCUACGAAAGUGGACGGACGCGGGGCAAAAUCUUUGGAUUUUUCCGGAGUCAGGGAGGUUGUACCCGCAUCGCUGCCUUUGCAAGAGCCAAGUACAGUUCACCAGCAGCAAAAGUUUCAACGAUGGGUCCCUCCGCAAGUAAACCGGCUUCAAUAUUGCCAAGAUGAAGCGGUUUUUCGACGGGUCCGAGGGUAAUGACGCUUUAGCCUUUUUAGAUUGCCACAGUUAAAUGACUCUGGUCCCAAUUUUCCUAACAUUUUGACUAAUUUCCCCUCAGAGUUUCUUAAACCGUAACAGUAAACACUGGAAUUCUGAAAUUGACCUGUAUCAGCUUGAGCUUUUUACAGCACGCUUUCAGUGCAAUCAAGCAGUCGAAUUAAGGUUUAUUAUGGGUACAUUUUGGUUUUGAUAAAUCGCAAUGUAUAUCAUUGUAUGUAUUUUAUUUAGGAAUUUUUAUAAAAAGGAAAAAAUUAAUUCACAGCUGCUUGUUCAGAAAACAAUUUUGCUAUUUUUUUUUUUUACUUACUGGUUUACAGCUAUUUCUAGGUUAUUGUAUUUAGCUUGAAUCGUAAUAUAUCUGUUGAUGUUAAGUCUUUCUAGCCUUUCUGGCAUGGCUGACUUUUUAAUAGUUCAACUGGAUGGCCAGUACACAGUAUUUAAAUUUUUCCAAAAGGUCACAUUCCAGCUACCAUAAACAUGACACUGAGCAUGUUUAACCCUAAUAUCAAAAUUCAAAUUCUCAUUCAUUGCCCCUAUGCAUUUCCAAUGGAGGUAGUUGGGAGAAGUUAUUUUUCAACCAGAUUCAUCUUAUGUGAUCUUGCCCUAAUUCUCAUCACUUAUUUGCUUAAUUAAUCAUUGAUAACAUAACUAAUUUCCAAUAUUGGAAUCUGUAUUGUUGCAAACAGUACAAGUGACAGAUCUGUAACAAUCUGAAAAAAAAAAGGAAGGAUGCGUACAUAGCUAAGGCACUUUGAAAGCCCUCAGUCAAUCACGGUUCAUGUGAGAAUGAAGCAAUGAGCCAAUCAGUGACUAUUUUAGCUUACUGUGUGCCAGGGUCUUCUCUCCUGCCGCGCCAUUAUAAUUAUAUACGAGAAGACCCUACAGGGUUUUCAGUAAGACUUCUACUAGCAGGAGAAAGGUGUAACAUUACAGGAGAAUACCGCAAAAUUCCGAAAAUAGAAUAGCCCCAUGGCUUAUAUUUUUCAAAGGCCCUUUUUGAGGGGCUUAUCUAUGAAGGGAAAUUUGCAUUUCAAAAUCGAUUGGGCUAGCCUUAUAGUUGGAAGUAAAUUUACCGUUUUUGUUUUGUUUUACUUUGUAUACGUAUUUGAGGACAAUUUUCCAAGUACAAGCCUCCAGGGGCUUAUAUUUGGAGGGGCAAUUUAACGUAGGGUUUUUUGUGUUACCGGAUGGGGGGCUUAUAUUUGGAGGGGCUUAUACAUGGAGGGGCUUAUUUUCAGAAUUUUACAGUAGUUUGAAAGAAGCUCUCGGUUGAAUAAAAAUUAGUCAUAUACCAAACGUAGGUUUCUGAGGAUUUGCUGGAGAAUUCUGUGAUCUUUGAUGCCUACUGAACACCCUGCCCUGGGAUGAGUUUGAUAGAGUACUAAACCCUGCCAAUGUAGGUGGGUACCCAUCUCCCACAGGACAAAUGAGUUGUUUCCUUGACACUAAUUAAUAGUAAUACCAUUAUGGAUUCCAGUAAUGCAUAGUUAAUGGCGUUAUUUGUUUUGAUUAUAGGAUCCUCAAUAAAUUAACUCCGGAUAAAUUUGAUAAACUUUGUAAUGAGCUGCUGGGAGUGGGUAUUGAGACCAAGUACAUUCUCAAAGGAGUGAUUCUGUUGGUAAGUUAAUGAGGAAAAAAUUAUACAGUCAACCCUCUACUUAGUGGCCAUCUCUCCACAACAGCCAGCUCUUUACAUGGCCAUCUUUUUUGGCGGACAGUCCAUACAAUUGACUCUUAUUUAAGCGUCUCUACAACGGCCUCCUCUCAAUAACAGCCACUUUCAUCACUGGAAAACAAAUGAAUGGCACCAUGUUAAAGUGCUGCCAAAGAGGUUUUAUUUAAAAAAUUUUCCCGCUUUAGGAUUUCUUUAUCAGACUCAAAAGUUAGAGCCACCUUGUAUACAUGCAGUACAAGAAGGAAAGUAAUGCUCAGUAGCUUUCAUUUGACUGGUCACACAUUAAUUAGGAUUUUUAAUUCACCCACAGACUUCAUUAAGUAGAACCAUCUUGUACUAUUGGUGAUUAAUGAUUAAUAGCGAUUAUGACCGUUCGGUUCCAUUCACGAUUCUUUGCUUCCACUUUUCAAUUUUGGUUUGAUUUUUGCAUACCUAUUCCAGGGUACCCUCAGUGUGUUAUUAUAUUGUAAAAUCAGAAUCUAGAACUCUUUAAAAUGUGCAUUUUUGAUUGACGAGCAAAGACUAUUGCAGUUUGUGCACCAUUUCGUGUUGCCUGAGAAUUUCCAGAUAAGGAAAACCUUGUGUGUCCCACUCUUUGUCUGACAGGUUCUCAAACAUGGAGACGAAGGACUGAGUGACUGUAAAUCCUCCUGUCCUUGUUACUAUUUUCAAAUUGAGGGUUUAGGGUUACAUGUUUACAUCACGCAUUAUGUUAUAAGAAUUAAGAAACAUGUACAUAAUCAAAUCAAAAUAAUCGAAAUCAAAUCACAAGGAAUAUGAAUCAGUUACCCCUACCUUGCACAGCUUAAUAAACAGUACCACAGGAAAGUAUUGCUCAGUAGCUUUCAUUUGACAGGUCACAAUUAUUUAGGGUUUCACCCACAGACUCAAUAGUUAAAACCACCUUGUACAGCAUAAUAAACAGUACCACUAGAAAGUACUGCUCAGUAGCUUUCAUUUGAGUGGUCACAAUUUAGGGUUUCAUCCUCAGAUUUAAUCAAAAGUUGCAAAAACUCAAAUCUUUGAUAGUCUCACAGUAGCAUCUCUGUCCUCAAAUCCCAUGAUAUAUAUUUAUCCAAGUAAAAGUAAAAUGUGCUGAUAUGCAUCUUGAACUUCAAGGUUUUUGAAAAAGCUCUCGAUGAACCAAAGUACAGUUCUAUGUAUGCCCAGCUGUGUCUGCGGCUCAGCGAAGAGGCACCAAAUUUUGAUGAUCCUGGAAAAACUGGCAACUCAGUAAGUAUAAUAUUCAUUGCAAUGCUUAUUACCUCAUUUCUCAUGUCACAAGUUUUUUUUUUGGCCAUGUUUUAGUUACCUCAUGUCCUGAUGAAAUAUCUUUCCUUAAAAGAGAUUGUUUUGUCUUAGUGAAAAAUAAUUGAAAUAAUUUAUUUAGUACUGACAGUGUGCUACAAGGCUAAGGAAUACAUGUAGCCAGACAGGCUUAUUAUUAGUCAGGCAAGCUUUUUCCUUACUUCAUCUUCAAAAUUACCCUUUCCUUUUUUCCAGUGCAAUAUGAGCCGGUCGUAAACUCUCUUUUAGCCAUUGAAAUUGGCCCGUUGCCAUCUCUUAGUUAUGUUACAGGUCUAUCCUUUGUACUAAGCUGGGGAGGCAAGGAUUCAGAUUGAAAAUCAACCCAUGUUAAAAAAUUUUAACCUGGAAUGAAAUUUGACCUGUAACAGUUACCUUUCUGUCACCAAGUUUUCAGAAAUUUAUUUUCUAAAAAACAUUCCCAUUUGCAGCUUGAUCUCAUGUCAUAUUUUCACAUUGUUUAACAAACAAACGCAGUGAUUAUGUUACAACUCCUCAAAAUUUGAAAAAUCAUGGGUCCCAGUCCAUAACCAAUGAGUCCCAGUUAAAAAAAGAAAAUGCUUGGGCUUUUAUGUAACCAGACAGUUAACCUGGAGACAGACAAGAAAAUUCUUUAUUACAGUUUACUGAAAAAAAAAUAUAGUCCUUCUAUACAUUUAAAGCACAAAAAAGACUGAAAUAAAUAUGCAUCUUUAAACAACAGCCACAGAAAUCACACGAACAGGAUAUUCUACCAAAAAAUCUGUGCUCUAAGGAAAAUUGAAGGGAACCCAGUGCUCUGAACCUGUAAAAUCCAGGGUAACCCAGCAUAUGAUUUGUAUGAAAAAUCUGAGAUUUUCUAGUCGCCCGAGAGUAAAAGUUAGGUGCCGGGGGCCACCGGGUUCUGCUAGAGCACAGCCCUGCAUUCUUUGCUUCCCAUAGGACGCAUGCCAUGAAUUAUUUUACAUCUUUGGGGAUUUUUAUGUGUCAGGGACGCAGGACGCAUAGGUAACAAAAUCACUGCAAACGUAAUGCAUUUUAAAGGAGAAUCUAAAGGUUAAAACUGAAAGUCAUGUGGAGAAGUUUUCAGGCACCCGGGCUUCACUUUUUAAAAUUGAUUGUGAAGCAGAAGCCACUCCGCAAGGUCAAUGAAAUUACAUUCCUUUGCUCUUACCCCCUACCCCACCCCCUUGCUGUUUUUUCUGAUUACAUCUCUUUGCACUGCCUCACGAUUGGAACACCUGGAACAGGCUACAAAAGCAUCCUUACGAUUUACCAACUUUUCUAACUCUUUUCAUUGUAAAUGCUUCAAAACAUGUCAUGUGCCACAUCAAACGGCACCUUUUGCAUCCAUCAUUUGAAAUCUACUCCAGGAAGAAUAAUUUAUGCUGCAUGUUUGAUUCGUACGGGUAACAAUCUAAUUGAUGUAAAUUAUCAAUAGUACAAAACCCAGGCUUCGAGUUAUCUUUUCCCAAACAGUUACUGGUAAUACUUGACAGACAGACACAACUGAGACACAUGUAUGCUCAUUGUAACAUUACAAGGAAUGUGUGAAGAGCUCUUUGUGUCUUUAGAACUGGAGAUCUGCCCAUCGUAAAGAAGUAUGCAUACAUGUAUUAUAAAAAGGGGUUGAAAUGUGUUAAUGUAUAUACAUGUAAUAUUAUUAUUGCUAUUUUGAUUUGUAGACAUUCAGACGUUUGCUGCUUAAACAAUGCGAGGAGGAAUUCAACAACAGAACUAAAGCUAGUCAAGGUAAACAUUAAGUUUGACAUGUUUAGUCUUUGUUUAUUUUAAUAUUGUAGGAAAUUGAUUUACAUUAAAUUUUAGGUCGUGUAGUAUACAACUGUUAUGCUGGACAAUUUAUUAACAGGCUUUUAAUUUUCAAUAAGUAACAGACAAGAUUACAAGUGUAUUUUCCUUGCAAACAUUAAUCAAAUAAAUUGUGACUUGGGGCCUAACUAUGAUUAUUUUGUAGCCUGAACAAUGCAAAGCCACCGAAGAUCAGUUUUUAGUUAUUUUUGCAGCUUUUGAGCACCUCUGUGGGGAUUUGUAGUAACUUUAUUGUUGAUUCCUUUGCGUGUUUUAGCUUUUGAUAAAAAAGAUGGACCACUUACACCGGAUGAGGAAGAGCAGAGGUGUACUAUCAAACGCAAAGUGUUGGGCAACAUACGCUUCAUUGGUAAGUGUUGGCAGAGCAUUAUUAAUAACAGCCAAUAACAGCCUGACAUCAAACAAUGUCAAUCUAAAAUUUACCUGUGUCCAACGAUAUCCUAAUUGCAGUUGGACAUGAAUGCCAAUCAGAUCAGAUAAAAUACCAUAAACUGUCAUUUUUUUAGCCAAUGGUUUAGUGAUAGCAGAGCCCCAUAGCUAAGAAAAUCAAUUUCCAAGAAAUUUUAGUGGUCUGUCUGCACCACAGGUGAGCCAACAUGAAAUGUCACACUUUCUAGCUAGUGUGGAAACCUACAACCUGACAUUGCACAUCCAUGUUGUGGUCAAUUGACAGCUGUCACCACAGGGUGUCUGCUGACCAGUAUCACUUGACUGUAUUACAGGCUCAGUUUUUGACUCAUUGAAAUUAUGUCUUUUUUCGAAGUUCUCUGCUGACAAGUUACUAGUCGCCGGCUCAACACUAAGUGGUUUUCUUUGCAAUGCUUACAAGUUUAUCAUUUGAAGUAAAUUAUAAAUUCAUUAACAGGAGCUUUGCCUUCAGCCUUUCUCAAUCUAUAGUUUAGAAGAUAACAAACAUAUGUUUGACAAGUUCCUUUCUGGUAUGUUGGACUAAAAUGGUGACCUAAUCAGACAGUCAUUUCUCCCCCGCCCCUCCCCCACCCAAAAGAAAAGUACUAGGCAGGCCUGGCUUAUUUGUUGGUAAUUGUUUUUGUAUGAUCAACACCUGGAGGAAGUGUGAUUAGAGUUGAAAAGUGUUUACUAGGCACAUGUACAGUCCAACCUCUGUUACAUGGCCAACCUUGUUGAUUGGACAAGUGGCAGCUUACUAUACACUGUACGCUGGCUACUCUUUUUGCUGUGAUUGUACUGGCAGUUGUGUCCGCCAGGGCUCUAGUAACUAGCUACUGACAAGGUGGUGGCUUUAAUUCCCUAGUGGUGUUGACGUUACUUACAUUGUUCAGUAUUACAAGAAGUUGAAAAAUGACUCAACCUGUAGACAAAAGUUAAUUUUUGUUAACCAAAGUCUUGAUACGUUGAAUUCAGUUCAAUGGAAUUAACAACAAAGAGUGAAAUCAAUGCUGCUGGUCAGUGGUCGGUCUAUUAUGCUCAUGCUCAGUAGAGUUUGCUACAAUCAUUGUUCACAUGGUGUUUGUUUGAAACACCAUUAAUUAGGAUUUUUUUUUCAAUUGCUGGUUGCUAAGUGGUGUAUUCAGUUAGAUUUCUUCGUAAAAAUAUAAUAUUACAAAUAAUAAUAGUGAUGAAAUUCCCUCUACAAAAAUACCAAAUUUGGCUUGCCGGCAGGGAAAUCUUGUGAUGCAAACAGUGCACUACAUUUAGCUCCUUGCUUUGUUCCACUAGCACUGGUUAUUGGUUAGCAAUAACUUUUGUGCCCUGAUCUAUCAAAGAACAAUAUUAAAUUAUCAGAUGAGGUAUAGUGACUGUUACAUGUAGUUUGUCUUGUCUGAACUUGUUUUUUCUUCCUGCAGGUGAACUUGCAAAGUAUGACAUGUUGCACGAAGCCAUUGUACACAGGUGCAUCAAGCAGGUCAAUGAAUAUUUUUAUUGUUCAUUCCUUAUAUGAUUAUAAGAAUAUUAUAUUGGCACUAAAAUGUGCAAGUUCUUGGUCUUGGAAUAUUCCUUUUUUUAUCGUGGAAAAUUUCUUGAAAACUUCCUGAAAUUUCAUCCUCACUUAGUAACAAACACUGAUGAAAUUUGUAUUCUACAGUUGUUGGACAAGAAGAAGAGAGCAACAAUGGCAGACAUGUCAGAAUCCAUGGAGUGCCUCUGUUACCUGAUGAAGACUGUGGGUCCUAAACUGGAUAUUCCCAAGGCAAAGGUAUAUUCCCUUUUGUAGUUAGAUGACAUUAGCAAAGUGUGCCACUGAUAAUUAGUGGCCUCUAGAUAUUGGUUUAACUCACAUUCUCUGGCAGUCUUCAAGUUCACAGUGUUGUUUUGAAGUGAUGUAAUAGCAGUUGUUGCAGCAGUCUUUUUACAGUUUUGUACUGUUCCUUAAUCCCAACCAAUCCUUUUGCUGUUCCUCCACUGAUUCAAUUACUGUGAUGGGUUUCUCCGAUGGGGGCUCAAGGAUUUGUGAGCUGUUGUAGUGGUGGUAUUCUAAUCUUUUAAGUGCUGGCUGGCCAUAGUCAAAGUUCCUGAGUACAGUACCAAGGGUUCCACCCUCAAUUUAUAAAGAACAUUGGGGUACUUUUUUAGUAACAGUGGAUCCCUGAUAAAACAAGUUCCAAGGGACUAGAAAAAUAAUUUGUUACAACUGGGGUAUGAUUUAUGGGGCUUCUUUUCCCGGCAACCAUUUUACUAUAAUUUGGCAUGAAAAAUUUCAUAAUUUGUUAAACUGGUGUUUUGCUGUAGGGGUUUGUUUUGUGGGGGUUUCACUGGGAUGUUUUUCUUUAAAUUUCUCUUUCCCUGCUCUCAGGAUUACAACAGUGAACUGAUUAUUUUUUUAAUUGUUUGUUGCAGCCCUUGAUGGAUCAGUACUUUGAGCGAAUUCAGCAGCUUUUAAGCCGUACAGACUUCCCAGCCCGUAUUAGGUUCAUGAUUGAAGAUGUCAUUGACCUUCGGAAUGCCAAGGUAGAUUUCCAAAUGCAUCAACUCAAUUUUGAUUGUAAAUACAAUAUAUUUUAUUUUGUUUUAUUUUUUCAUUACUCAUCAUACAAUAUCAUGUAUGAUACACCAAGGAACAGAAAGAAAAAAAUAUAUCUAUUUUUACUUUUAUCCUUUUGAAGUAUACAAUGUAAAAUUAAACCACAAUGUGUAAAAUCAGAAGCAUAUAUGAGCACUUGUUUUUCUCUUGGAGGCAACUUUCAAAACUUGGGUUAAAAUAAAAAAUGUGUUAAGAGUUGGCAAAAUACAUAAAUAACAAACAAAUAAUGUACAACCAUGUAUCAGCCAGCUUACCUGAAUCACAAUAAGAGGUUUUAGAAUGUGGAAUUUUUUUCACAAGCUCCUGGUCAGCAUCAGAUUUGCUAUGUUGAAUGUCCAAAGCUUGAAAUGAGAAUUUGAUUACCAACAUAAUAGCAUAUUAUCUUAAUCGUUCAUAAAAUUCACUCAACGUGAGUUUGUGGUUUUUAUCUUGUUCCUUGAGAACUGUUUUAUUUGCUGUUCAUAGAGGAAAAAAACAUCAUCAUGCUAGCCUGAGCCUGUCUUUGAAGAACUGUUAAAAUGUUGUCCUUCUAGUUCUGAACUUUUAGUUGUCGGACAAAAUCCUCUAUUGCUUUCUUUUACAGUGGAUUCCACGAAAAUCUGCUAAUGAGGUAGGACCAAAGAUGAUCCAGCAAAUUCGCCAGGAAGCGUGGCAGGUAACUUUUCGUCUUUUGUCAACUCACAGAGUCGACCCAAAUUUGUAAGCUUACUGCAUCAUUCUUGGUGGCUUUAUCCACAGGGCCUUGUUGGUCAUCCUGGAUUCCACGUGCCACCUCAUGGCCACAUGUCCAGGAAUGCCCCACCUCUGACUCACAGUGGCUGGAUGAAUCGCCCCAGUGGAGGUGGCAGACCUGCAGAACCUCCACAGAGUCGUGGAAUGAAUGAUGUCUUUGUUACCGACAAUGGUUUCCGUCCCUCUGGUCCCCGGUUUGAUGAGUUUGGCACUGGUGCAAUGCCAACAGACAGGAGAUCAUUUGGUUUGAGGUAAUUAAUUUUGUAUUUACUUGAACACUUUUUAUAGGUGCUUUAAAAAUAGUACCAUACAUUGUAGUACACUUACUACUGUUCAGCUUUUUGUGGUUCAGGUACUUACCACAGUGCUAGUAGUUUUUUGCAUGUCAGUUUUGUUCAUGUGUCAUAGUAUGUUGAUCCUUCAUUGUUGUACCUGUACACUUAUUAUGUUCACUGCAAGAAAAGUACACUGGUUUGCGAAGUAAUCAUCAGCUUGUGCUUUUUGUUGGUGAGUUUACUUGCUAGUACAUGUACAUCCAUACCACAGUUUUGUUCAUGCAUUUAUAGUAUGUUAACCUUAGUUCUUUCGUACUGUACUUGUGCCCUUAACUAAAGUUCAGCAGUAAAAAUCUAGUACAACACUUUGUAUGUGCAAAUAACUUGUUUAGAAGCUUAGCUCCCUUACUUUGGGUUUGGCCAUGAUCCAAGAAUUCUUGUUGUUCUUCAAGAUAUGAUGAUGACGACUAUGAUCGAUUUACCACUCGAGAUCCAUGGGCCGACUUGUCAACGAAACAAAGCUCCACAUCUGUCAAUUCAAUGACUAAACCAGUAGGAGGUAAAUAGCUGUUUUCAAAUUGCAGAACUACCAUAAUUGUCUUUAAACUGCUAGUUUCAACGAUGGAAGCAUUUAUUAAUUCUCUGAAGAGCAUUUGAGUCUGCAGACAAAAUCCUAUGGUGUGUCCAAUCUUUGAAUAUCAUUGAAAGCUUACUGAGUGGUACUUUCCUGUGGUACUGUUUGGUCUUUCAUGUAAGGUGGUUUGGGACCUUUUGAGUAUGUGGACCAAAUUCUUAACUGUGACGGUCACCAUUCAAAUGAAACCUCUUUACAUGCAUGUAGCAGUACAAGUACUUUCACAUGGUCCUGUUUGUUGUUAACAGGUUCCUUCAGAACAUAAUUUUUAAAGUAUAAGGAGAAAAAUAUAAAAUUAGUACACAACAACAAAUUAGAUCAAAAGUGGCUCUGCCUUUCACUUAAACCAGCAGCAUUUGGAGGUCCUAAAAAGUUUGUUUUAAUGACCUUUGAGCAACAAAGGGAAGUAUUUAGCCAUGAGGAAGGCACCUUUAUUGCCUACAUUUGUUUUAUAUUUUUAUACAUUUGUUUUUAUCCAGUGGGAGACUCAAGAAACAAAUGCAACUUAUUAAUUUUCCCUUUUGAAUACACUUCUGUAAGUAGCUGUCACUACCAUGAUGACAAUAUGAUGAAGUCAGUCUUUAUGAUUCAACAGUAAAAUGAAAUUUGAAGAAUUUGUCAAAAAUAAUCUCAAUCCUGAGCUUUUUGGGGGUAAAAGAUUAACCAUUGAUGCUUACAUGUAUCUGUUGGUUAAACAAUAUGUUAUUUUAAAAAAAAGACUCAGUGGUAAAUAUCACAUGCAUUGUUGGAGCUUCUAUUUAAUGAUAUGUAUUCUUUCUUUAACAACUAGGUGGUUGGAGAUAUUCUUCAAGACAAAACCACUCAAAUGCUGAUGGAGAGGUACACAUAACACUUUUUAGUGUGUCUCAAUUCACAUUAAAUGAGGGAGACGUCAUUUAGAUAGUCUUUCUCUCAGAGUCAGAGGACGACCAAACAUACAUUUGCAUUUUUUCUUUUCAACUUGGUUUGGUCAUGAAUCGGUUUCUUUUUAGCAGAAACAUUUGGAAUGGUUCAAAAAUGGCAUGACUUGUUUCCAAAAGGAAUUUAAACUGCAUGUGUUAAUGGAUGACAUCUUCCUCAUGACUACUGCACUGGGCCAGAGGGGAUCAGCUGAGGGUAGUUUUUAAAUAGGGACCUUACUUGGCUUCAUUUCCAUAAAACAUGUAGUUUCUGAUAUGGUAAAUGCAUAUUUUUUAGUGGAAGUGUACUUAGCUAUGCAGCUUGUUUACAGACACUUCACUCAAAUAAUGAUAAUUGGAAACAGGCAAUCUUAAGUAUAACAUACCAAGAUCAAAAAUCUCUUCUAGCAGGAGACAACCAGUUGGUUAUUUAUAAACAAUACGUAGUAUCUAAACUCUAGUGGACCACCAAGAAACAAAUCCAGGUAAUUGUCAGAGCGAAUCAAACCUGGAACUGCCAGAUUGCAAGUCCCACUUGCUUCAAUCACUCGGUCAUGUUGGCUCUCUGUCGGGAAUGAUAAAUUUAUUUUCAUGUUUUUUUGUUUUCUAGAUAAGUUUGAGGCCAGCAAGGGACUCAAUUGCUGCUGCUCAGAGACCUGGGGUUGCUGGCAGAUCUCAAACUCCGCCAACUCAAAAAAAGCUGGUAAGGAGUGUUUUCCUCUUUGUUUUUUGAUUGGGAGAGACAGCUCCAUUUUGUCAGAACUGUCUGUUUUCCAAGUUUGUAAUAUUAUUGGUAUAGGGUUGCUUGAUUUUGUUCAUACCCUGUUAAACAUCCCUACAGUUUUAUAUUGCUUAGUGGCAAAUCAUUAAACACAGACAGUACAUGUACUUCAAGAUACUUUUGAAGAUAAUUGAAUGAGGCUGAGUAUGAUGAAAGGAAUUAUGUAGAUCAAGGAGAAGUUAAGCUAUAGGCGAGGAUGGAUAACUUCUUCUGUGAUUAGCAUAAUUAUUCUUCACAUCAUACGAAAGCCAAAGUCAAAAGCAGAUAACAUCCAUCGAGAUAUGUUUUGCGUAUUCUUUUAUUUCUUCUGUUCAGUUUUAGUCAGAAAUUCAGCCAUUUUGUCUUUGGAUAGCCUUGAAUACCAUUUGUUUUUGUUCACUAUUGCCGAAGCAGCAAUGCGUCCAGGCAAAUAUACCAUCUAAUCGAUGGUAUGUUUAUUGCUGGCAUCUUCCAAAUUUGGUCAGCAUUAGCUGGUUAAGAAAAAAUAACGAAGAUUAAAGCCAGUAAGAAACGUCAUAAUAUUUUGAAUGAAUUUGGUCAGCAUUAGCUGAUUGUGGAAAAUUAAUCUGGGAUUAAAGCCAGUCAGAGACGUCAUAAUGUUUUGAAUGAAUAAUGAUUAGCAGUUAUACCUUGUAUGGCCUUUAUUUCUCAUUUUUCUUCCAGUUUUUAAAAUAAUAUGCUUUAUAAGAAUGCGUAAGUGAUGAAACUAGGGAUUAUGUUGCUAAAGAAAAUACGCAUACAUGUAGUACCAUGUGAAAGAAUUGCUGAAGAGGUUUUGUUUGGAUAGUCACACCGCAGGUUUUCGCCAUGAAGUGUGAAAGUUGAAACACCCUCGCCUCCAUAAAGUUGCCUCUAGAGGGUUUAGUCCUCUCAUUCUCACAGCUAAUUUUUUUUGAUAAUAGAGUCAUAAUUAUACGGUACAUGCAUUUAUGUUACCAGUCAUUCAUAUAAUGAUUCUUUUAUAUCGUUCACUGAUCACUGAUCUCUUGUUAAACUACUUUAAUGUUUCAGGAUCCUUUAAACAGAACUGCUGCUCCACCCAUUAUUGAAAAAACAAAGAAACAAAAUAAACAGCAGGCGCCUUCAACAGCUGAUCUUAACAAACAAGUGGUGAGCUAAGUCUGUCAGUUAUUUGCAAGGUUCCAAAGAAAAAUGUUUCUAGUUUGUCCGACACGCAACGGGUUUCAAACUAAGAAAAUAAAUGAAAAUAGUUUCACUCCAAAAGGUUUUUGCAGUUUCUAAGGUCGUACUUUUGCUUACGAAGUUUUGGCUCUAGAUCUGCUUUCUAAUUACAACGUUGGUCGAAUUUGACUUUCCAGUUAACUGUCAGGAGAGGUGGAUGGGGGUGUUGGGGGAGGGUUUUGGGCAGCUCCUGAAACCUUUUGUUACUGGUAUUUACAUGUAGCGUCAAAAGUUUACCGUAAAUUUAUAUUAUUCUGGCAUUCUCAAUUUUUUACUCUUUGUUCAAGAACAAUAAAGUUUUUUAAAGAAUGAAAGGCAAGGUAGGCUGAAGGCUGAGGUUUCUUUUCAAAUCAGUUACACACUCGAUUUGGUCCAAGGAGAAUGGAAGUUGUCUUGCCGCUGCACUUCCACUUACAUUAAUACAGCCUUCAAAAGGAAUUAAGGAGUUAAACAAUUGCAACAGGGUGACAGCUUCCUUCAGUAAUGCUGUAUGAAACUCCUAGCUUGCUUAACUUGUAGCUUCAAGGCUCUACUCUAAGAAAUAUUGAAGGGAGCCCAGUGCUCUGAAACUGUGAAAUCUAGGGUGCCCAGCAUAUGAUAUGUAUGAAAAAAAAAAACUUAGGCGCCAGUGGGAUUCAGGCUCUGCUAGAGCCUUGAGCUUUUAGUUGUGUGGUGUGCAUGAUGGUAAUAGACCUUGCAUCUGUUAUUUUUCUCAGGACAACAUUGUCACAGAAUAUUUAGAUUCUAAAGACACUGAUGCAGCAGUGAAAGCUGUGAAAGACAUCAAAGGGUCAAGGUAAGUGUCAUUUCGUUUUAAAGUUUUGAUUAUCAAAGGCCGAAGUUCGUAAAAAUCCCCAAUUUCGUUUUGUAAAAUAUAAGCACAGUAAUAAUAAGCAACGACGAAUUUUUCUUUCUCUUUUUAAACUUGACUGCGGUCCCCAAGAAAUCAAUCCAAGGGAAAUUCGCCUUCAUUUGACAUUUUCAGCAAAUUGUUAGAAACGCGGAAAAGUCUUUAAAUCGCAAAUUCAUUUUGAAAGUGACGUUUUUGCUGCCUUGGCGUCGUCCAUGCUAAAGCUCCCUAAUAAACAGAGUCACAGGAAAGUACUGCUCAGUAGCUUUCACUUGAAUGGUCACACUUUAGGAUUUUGUUUAGGGACUCAAAAGUUACAACUACCUUUUUACAACGUAAGAGAAAGCGCCACGGAAGAGUACUGUUCAGUAGCUUUUAUUUGAAUGGUCACACUUAGGGAUUUCAUUCAAAGAGUUGAAAGCUAGAACCCCCUUCUACUGCACACUAAAAUAUACCAGAUCAAAGUACUACUCAUCACCUUCCAUUUGAACGGUCAUGUUUUAUUUUAACUUGUACAGUACAAUGUUAAAACUGUACCACAGGAAAGUACCAGUAGCUUCCAUCUGAAUGGUCACUAUUCAAGGUUUUCUUCACAGAUUCAAAAGUUAGAACCAUUGUGUACUUAAAUAUUAAAACCGUACCACAGGAAAAAAAUGCUCAAUAGCUUUCAUUGAAUGAUCACCCCAAAAGUUUGAAACUAGAUUAAGUGUGUGUACAUCUUCAGAGGGAGGUUUAAUUACCGUUUAGAGCUGUCUUUGUGAUUUGUGUCAUGGUACAUUCUUAAAUUUUAUGUUACUUGAUAAAAUUUAUACUCUUCAUACCAGGUACUUCACACUACUGAUGACCCAGCUACUUGCGGCAUACCUUACAGCUGAGGAUGAUGAAUUGUUUAUUCAGUUAUUUGUCAGCUUACACAAGUCAAAUCUUCUCACAGCAGAUAUUUUUAUCAAGGUAUAGGUUUUUCUGCUUUACUGGUCAAUUGGAUACAAAGUCAUUUCGAUUCAAAGUCGUUUCGAUACAAAAUCGUUUCGAUACAAAUUCGUUUUGAUACAGAGACGUUUCGAUACAAGUCUUUUCAAUUCAAGCUGACUCAGUCGAGAAGUUAAUAGUUUCUCGAACUUUGCUUAAAGAACGAGGAAUACAUUCACCCCGUAUGUUUUUUCUUGUUCACCCGCCAGCUAUACUUGUGAUGUUGGCUAUCAACUAAGGAGCUAAUUGUUUCUCUAGCGUUGAGUUCCAUCUUGUGCAAUUCACAAAACUCUGAAACAAAAUGAACGAAGCUGUACUAGCAGAGUUCUUUUUAAGCUCCCUUUUGUCCAAAUUCCGUCUCUCUCACUGGCUACCUUUCAAAUCAAAUGUUCUUUUCUCCGUCGCUGACGUGAACAUAUAUAGUAUGAAUUUUAGAAGCCUGUGCCGGGCAUGUAAGUUUACAUAUUAAACAAUAUCAGCUAGUGUUUCGUGGCGGACAAAAUACUCAAGUGUGGUAUGUUUAGGGUUGAAUUACUUUGUUGUCAAAAUUACGUUUAUAUGUACAGCUGAUUUUUAAUAUUUUCUUUUGUCUACUAUUUUACCUUCAGGGAGUUUCAGAGGUGCUGGAAAAGCAUCAGGAAUCUGAUGAGAAUUUCAAUGUGAAGAAACAGAUGGCACAGAUUAUAGCAAAGUCUGUAACUCAGGUACAGAGGACUUGAUAUUAACCCUUUCAUUGGCUACCCAUUAAAACUUUAAUGGCCGUAUUCACACACAUUAUCAGUGGAAAGGUUUGCAAGCCAUUGUCACUUUCUAACCGACUUGCAAAGGGCUGCUCUGCCUCUAGGUCUUUCACCUCAAGAUAAAAUCCGCGGCAUGAGCUCUCCGUUUUCAGUCUUGCUUCAGAUCUUUCGUUUGACUGUUCGCAUGUUGACAAAAAUAAAAUGCACUGUUUCGAAGUCUAGUGCACCAAUUCAACCUCAUUUUCCUUACAUGCCGUACAUCCUCUUAAAUAAGCGUCCCUUUUUUCAGGGGAAGAAACUGAAGCCGCCCUCCCCUUAUUCUUCAAAACCAAAUUAUGAAUGAUAGAUUCCCUCGGCCCUCCCCCUCCUCCUCCCCCCACAAAGAAAAACAAAAUUCCCGAAAGAUGGGCCCAUCUUGACAGUUGCAGCUUCCCUUUUUGUGUUCUACAAGUAAAAGGUUGUCUUGCAUUUUAUAAAUCCUUAAUCAGUAACGCAUAUGUAUGGGAGUUUCCUGUGAAUACUUUUGUCAAUUUUUUUUGAAGAGAACGUGUGUCUAAUUAUUAUGUAAUUUGAUUUUUGGUAUUCAACAGGGAAUUCUGAGUCUGACUGAAGUUAGCUCCCUUAGUGACGAUGGAAAUUUUUACCCCACCCUCUUGUUGUGCUUAAAAGAACUGGAGAAUCUAAAAGGACAGGUGAGAUAGUUCAAUAACACAUGUUACUUGAGUAUCAGGGUUUUUUUAGUGGGGAGGGGAGAAGUGAGUGGAGGUCCCUUCAAAUCUCCCCUCCCCUUCCCUCCACGGAGGCCUGAUGUUUGGGUUACAUUUGCAUGUUAAAGCCUGGUUUUGACGAUUAAAGAUUUCAUAUUAUGGCAGAGAGUCUGUUGUCUCUUAAGUAUCAGGGGUUUUCUAGCGGGAAAGGGAGAAAUAAGUGAACGUCUCUUCAAAUAUCCUAUUUCCUAACCCUCUACGAAGGCCUGGUAUUUGGGUUACGUUUACGUGUUAAAGCCUGGUUUUGAUGAUUGAAGAUUUCAUGUGAUGACAGAGAGUCUUUGCUGUGUCUUGAUCAAUCUAGGGUUAAUGGCUAUCGUUAAGGUUUUACUACCAAAGAUGACCGCUAAACAACAGCAGAGCGGAAGCAGCGUGACCGAGUAGUCAGCACGUCGGAUUCGCAAUCUGGCGGUCCAGGGUUCGAGUCCCGCUCUAACCACUUGCUGGAUUUAUUCUUGGUUGUCCAGAGUUCAACUCCUUGGCCGCGCUUGUAAAUAGCCAACUGCAUGGUUGUCUCCUUCCAGUUGGGGGUUUACAUGCUGUGAUGUCUAUUUGAUUACUUGUUUCUAAUUAUUUGUGGAGCGCCUGUAAAUUAGCUGGAUUAGCUAAGUGCACUUUCCCACUAUAAACAAACCUUCAACCUUUAACCCUUUUUAACGAAAUUCAAACAGAUCCUAAAUUUACUUUGUUUAUACUGUAGGAGUGGCUGGUGAAAGAAUUUACAGACAGUAAACUGGAUCUACUGUCAACUUUACCAGGUUUGUAGAAUUAUUACAAAGUCUGUGUACAUCAAUUUAUAAAAUGGGGGCAAAAACAUCAAAUAACCAAACGGCGCAGGUGCAUGUGGUUAGCGUUCUAAUCUUUUCCACUUUUAUGUAAUAAGAAUAAACCAAUGCGCCAGUGAAUUAGUUAUUAAGUAACAACUUUGCUUUAAGAGGGUGGCACAUAACAGUGGAAGUUACAAACUACUGCCCCUCUAUCCUAAUCAGAUUACUUAAUACUUUAAAUAGUUCUAAGAUAAUCACAGCGAAUUAAAAACUAAAAUGCUACAGAUAAGGAAAAGGGAUAUAUCCAUUAAAAUUUCCAAGAUGAAAAUAUUAUACACUUAAAAAGCUAAGCUAUUUUUUCCAUCAGGAAUUUCCAAGUUAACCAGGAAUUCUUUUAUCAGACCAUUUAUUGGGCUUUUUUGUAUUUGUUACAGAGGAGGACAGAACAAGCGAAAAGUUCAUGUCUAUCUUAGAGAAGCAGGUAAUUUUGUUUAGUCUUGUUUUUGGUGGUGAAUGAGUGAAUGAAUGAAUGAAUGAAUGAAUGAAUGAAUGAAUGAAGCAACCAACCAACCAACCAACGAUCGAGCAAAUGAAUUAACGCGAACAAGAACGAACGUGGUUGCUUAAGCCGCUCCUUGAAAAGUUGAUUUUUGCGAGCUGUUCCUUCAAAUUUCUUCAAAACAAUUUGAUUAUUUGGUCCAAAAUGUAUAUCCAACACUUCAAAAAGUAUUGUUUCCGUUCGAUGUACAGGCGCCUCGAAUGGACCUAAAAAAACUCUCCUGCGCCUUAUUUUUUAACCGACUCUUUGAUGUCUGGAUAUCGGAUGAAACCGGCGCUCCUCGUGUUCGAUGUAUUGCAUGAAAAUGAGUUUAAAACAGUCUAACCAAGUUGUCGAACCUCUCCUCAGAACCUGGUGUUCCUGUAUCCCCUAUUGCAUAUCCAAGCGGAUCUUUUUUCCAAGAUCGAAGAGGAUCCAAGUGUUACUGCCAUCUACAAGUGGGUGAAGGUACGGUACUUAACACACAUGUAAGUAACGCUUUACAGUGCGAUGCGCUUAGUCUUAGCAGAGUCUUAGCAACGCAACCUUUCAGUUCUUUCCUGAUACAGCUGGAAGCAAAGGCGUUUUUGAUUGAAGCGUGUCAACCGGAAGUGGAUUUUUUUGCAUUCUAAUCUUGAGUGGUGCCAAAUUUUCGGGCAAAUUUCCCCUUUAAGGGUAAAUACCCUUAGCAAUACGAAUUUUGUGGCGUCAAUAAAAAAAGCCUCGUUUCCGUUCGAUGCUGUUGCUCAAAACGUCUUUGCUUAAGCUCCCUGUUGGCUACUUUGGGUCACAUGAUAUUUGACUAUGACAGUUUUUUCGCCAAAAUUAUCCAAUUGGGUGUCGCUGCAAAAUCUAUAUCCUUCCGGCUCAGAGGGAAACAGUGCAUUGGUACGGUUCUGUUUUAUUUAGAAUGUUGUUUGUUUUUCUUGUUCGUAGGAUAAUGUAGAAUGCUCCUGGCACACAAAUCCUGAGUUCGUUAACGUUCUCACCACUUGGUAAGUUGAAGUAUUUUGCGAAACAAGAUCCUUCUCUUCUGUUCUCGACCUUCUCGGGUGUUUCCUGUUGUUGCAGAAACCAUUGUUGGCUGGCUGGUUUGCUGUGGUGUGGGUAUUCAGGGUGCAAAGAAAAUCAUUUUUACAGCUUGCCCUUUGGGCAAGCUGAAGCUAGCAUUUACUAGCCCAGACGUCAUUUCAACUAGCCCCAAAAAUGUUUUGUUCUUCUGUUAUUCAAAUUCCUCAUACAACAUCACUUGCCCGUCGGGCAAGUUAAAAACAGAAUUCACUAGCCCGAUAGCAAAAUCCACUAGCCCCGGGCUAUCGGACAUUACUUUCUUUGCACGCUGGUAUUGUUUGGUGUCUUUUCAAUCUUAACUCUUUAAGCUCCAAUAUCCAGAUUCAAAUAUUAUCCAAACUGAUUUCCAUACAUUUACUAAAAUAAUUGGUUGACAGGAUUUUGACAAACGAUCAUAGAGUUCUCCCUUAGUUUAUUUUAUUAUUUUAUUUUAUUUUUUUUAAUUUAAAAUCUGAAUCUUUUAUUGAUAAGAAAACUAACUACAAAAUCCGACCUAUUUACAAUUAAAUUUUGCUUAAAGAAAAAACUAUCCAGUACAAGUACUAUUUACAAUUCAUUUCAAUUAAAAAAACCCACAUAGUUCCGAUUAAAAAAUUCAUUUCAAUUAAAAACCGUUAUUCGAAUACUAAUACUAAUUCUACUAAUAACAAUUAUAAAAAGCAUCGAAAAGUUAAUAAAAAAAUAAAAAAAACUAUUUAAAAAUAAUAAUUCAAACUGAUAAAAAAGUUACUACUUAGAUUCUGGCUUGCGCACUUUCCGAUGUAAUGUCAAUGUCAGAUAUAUUGGCUGCUCUUCUCUUGCUUCUGGUUCCUCUGAGACACAGCAAGGCUGAUCGUAGGAUGGCAAAGGAUACUUUCGCCCUUAUCCAAGAUAUGGUUGCAGCGUAGUCAUCUCCUUUCUUUAACGCAAGUAGCUCUGCGAGGCGGCUAUGGAAUCUCUUGCAUUCAUCGGCCAUUCCACCUGUGCUUGUAAAGACUAAUGGUGUGAAUGUCCCUUGCUCCACUUCCAAAACCUUAGUUUCCAAAACCUUAGUCUCCCUUAGUUUAUCAUUUCAAUAAUUCUCAUUACCUUUCCUCUUCAUUUUGUAACAAUGCUGUUGGGAGAAAAACUGAUGUUGAUCACUCACAGGACUUAUGGUGAUUGCACCCGUCCGCAACACCAAGAAACUACCACCUUCGAAUUAGACUCACCGUUGCUUUACCGACUCAGCUACCAGGCCAGAACAGACUAAGUCGUGAGAAAAUUGUUUGUUCCGUCAUUUGUGCUACGCGGUUCAACACUUAUAUGGGACGUAACAAUGUCUAGUAGUCACAACCCUAGUAUAGUUCUGUUAUGGUUUGCAGGAAUGGGUAGGGAGGGGAGGGCAAUUCGCAGAGAACUCAGGUUUCCCAAUUAUUACUACUCCCAUAGGAUAGGUCUGGAGGGGCCCUUCCUUAUUCAAAAACUGUCACUUACCGUAAAUCCUCUUUUAAGCUCCUCCCUCUCAAAUAAUCCCCUUCUCUUAAGCUCCCCUUUUGCAGGGGAAGAAAGUUAAUAAGCCCCACUCCUCUUCCCCUUAUUAUUCUUGACUACUAAACGAUAGACUGUACUAAUUAAUCACGACUGUAAUACUUCUUGUGGACUCAUCUUGGAUAGUUUAUUCACUGACUGGAAGUUCAGAUUUGUUUUUGAUCCUCGACUGCAUGACCUCCAACUUCUAGUCCUUGAGCUUUUCCACUUUAGUUAUUGUCCUUUAUGGAGAACUGAUACCAUAGUCUUUGCUAAAUUGAAUAAGCCCCCCACUUCUCAAAUACCCCCCCGGGGGGGCUUAAUGGAGGAUUUACGGUAAUCCACCAACUAUGGUUCUUUUCCAAUACAGCCUGCUUAAGUUUGCCACCAAAGACAGCACCCUAGCUGAUGGUAUAGAUGCCUCACAGGCUCCAGAUAAAGACGUCAUAGAGAAAGAAAAAGCAGCGCUCAAGAAGUUAUUGCCUCUAGUGGAGAAGUUUGUUCACGAGAAAGUUGCGUUGCAAGUGAGUUGUCCUGCUUUGUGCAUAGCCUGCUACGCUUUUGACCUUCUUUUUGCUUUUCUUGCAAUGAUUUGAAAGCAAUAGAGGAUUUCGUGAGAAGCCAAAGGGACCUCUGCGCAGGAAUCCGCGAUCGAAGCAUUGUCUUUCGCUUUUGUUAUCCUGCAUUCGCCACUUCGAGGUUGCGCGGGAGACCGGGUCAAGAUGGUUUUAAAGUGCAUUGUGGGACUUUUUGGGGGACGCAUUUUCAACAUGGCGGCAAAUUCGUUCCCCAAAACAGUCCCACAGUGCACUUUGACAACCAUCUCGACCCGGUCUCCCGCGCAACCUCAAAGUGGCGAAUCAGGGCACGGUCGUUCAAACGUUACGUAGCGCUAUCCACCAGAUAAUGCAGUCAAUAUCCAGUGCAUAAGUAUGAGGGAAGUCAAUUGUGUUAUCCAGUGGAUUGAGAUUUCUUCAGUGGAUUGCGUUAUCCACCUUUUGAACAACUGGGGCGUGGGCUCAGUAGUUCAGUAGGUGCGUAGCACUGAUACCAACGACUUGCGGUCAAUUCGCUCACUUGUAGUCAAUUCUGUCAGUACUAAUUCCUGGUUUGCUUGUGUUUACAGGUCAGCGUGCUCUAUGCACUGCAAGUGUUUUGCCAUAGUCAUAACUUUCCUAAAGGUACUGCUGCAUUUAGUACGCUAUUCUAUUGACACUGAGGGAUUGAUGUCGUCUUAUCUUGAUUAGGGAGCUUAAGUAACUGGGGUGACGACUUCAACAAAAACGACAAGGAAAAACGGCAAACCAGAGGCUUAACCAGCAAGACAACAAAUCUGCACGUGUAUCGCACUUUUUGGUACAUUUUUAUCCUCAUUAUGACCACCAAACCGAUCACCAUCUGUUUUACUUAAGGCAUUUAAGUAAAUCGUGUGUCUCGUUAUAGAGUCCAAGGGACCGUUUCUCAAAAGUCCCGAUAAUUUCGGGGCCCUAAAAGGUGUGUGGAGUCCAAAAUCGAGGUUUCAAUCGUUUCGCAAAUCACGUGAUAAAACUAUCAGUUGACAAAACAAAAUGGAAUGGUUUAUUAGCUAGGAAGCGCGCAUUUAUUCUUUAUUCUGUUUCUGAGAAACUGGCCCCAGAAGUGCAAGAGGUAUUUUGGCAGGAGCCCAUUACCGUCUCCUGAUAUUGGUCAGUGCCGUUAAUGUUGAAAUGAUCCUGUUAACUAACUGCUAGAUGUGUUUAUUAUAGGUAUGCUGCUGCGCAUGUUCGUGUUGUUGUACGACACUGAAGUUGUGGAAGAAGAAGCAUUUUUGAGGUGGAAGGAAGAUGUGAGUGAAAAGCACCCCGGCAAAGGAAAGGCUCUCUUCCAGGUACGGUGUAGCUCCGUAGGUUCUUGA